UUCGAGGUAAGACAGGAAUAUUUGUUCUCACUAGUUAUGUGGCUAAAGUUUAGCUAAUUGUUCUUUGMUAAUAACAUUGCAGGAACCGGCUUGUGAUGAAGAAUGAUGCUAAAAAACAGAGAGAGUUUUUUGAAAGAAUUAAAAUGCAGAGGAGGCUGGAGAAGUUGGGGGUAACUCUUCCCARCUCCUCCUCAAGUGGAGAAACCGGCUGUGGGAGCACAGACCUCCUGACCUUGUUUAUUGUUAAUCAAAUCGCUACCAAGAAAGAAAAUAAAGAUCCUCCUAAAGUGUCGGUUCUCGGCAGAUUUAAUAGAGGCUCCAGGGAUCGCAGAAACGAACCACUCUUGCUCCCGAUGAGCCCCUGUUCCCCGUCACAGCUGAGCCUGGUUGGGAGCCCGUCUCAGUGCAGGGUUCAAGAAGUCAGAAAAAGGAAGAACGUUUUUCCACAGAAGCUCCAUUGUCGACAGUUGUCACCAGUGGUAGAGUCAGCGUUCUCAGACAACAGUGCAUCUGAUUACCUGCCUCCUGUAACAGACCUGUGCAGCCCCGCUUCAUCAGGCUCUUCGGGACGAGGAAUGUUCCCGUUGCAGAUGAAUCGGCAGAAUCAAAGCCAGAGUCAGCUGCAGCUUCUUCCCUGUUAUUCUCCUCCAUCGUGGGACACCUCAGUGCUGCCCCAGAGUCAGUUUCAGCCAUUCUCUCAGCCCAGAGAAAUGACGGAUUCGGUGUCCUGGUCUCGCAAAUCCAACCCCUUUCAACUGGAGACCCCCACAGCAGCCCAGGUCCUCUUUGGAAGUCCAGAACCAGAAAGUGCUGAAAUAAAAAAUGGCGGAGCAGACGCCUUCUUUCUUCACCAACCAGAAGAGUCGUUGAACUUCCCGCUCAGCCUGCCGGAAACUGAACGUCCAUUUGAGGAAGACGUCUUCAGGUUUGGUGCUGAAAAWGAUGAAGCAGAAGGUUUUAACGACAGGAACCCAAAAUCUAAAAUCUAUCUGUCAGAUGAGGCGUCUGUGAGAUAUUCAGCACCACGAACUGUUCCCACAGCUCAGAACUCAGGAGCAGAGCUCUCCGACAUGAACUCCUCAUGUCCCGACCAGAACACUGGGCUUUUGAAAGGCGGUGAAUAUUUGCCAAGUUGCUCUUGCAGUGCGAGUUACCUCAGUUCAGACUCCAGUGAUGAUGAGUCGUGCUGUGAACUGUGCCUCCCGGCUUCUGCUUUGUACACGACUGAAGAGAGGAGCGAGGACAACACAAAAACCACACAGAAGAGUGCAAAACUCUCCGACACCCCGCCAUUAGGAUCCAGAAUAAACCCGGGAGAUGAGCAAAUCAUCGUGGACCAAACCUCAGCUCUGUCUUCAUCUCCUUGGGGUCGAACUCUGUGCAAAUGCGAGAAAACUCUGGCUGAAACCCGAGAGGUGGGAACCCAAACGACGCCCAGCUGCACACCGGAGACGUGCGACGCUUCCACUCAGUGCGCCGCCGCCGCCGGGCCAGGACAGCAUCCAGCAUCUGAGACCGAACCAGAACCACGAACCUCAACAAGGGAAGAAAAAUGGUCCCUCUGGAACCCGCUACAAGAUGCUUUCAGCCCAAGAGGCAAAGCCGAGGGCAGCUCUCGGAUCAAACCAGCGUCGGACGCAGGAAGAGAGGAGGUCAGAGGUCGCCCGCUCUCUGAGGAGGCCGAGUCGCUUCAGGAAGUAGCCGACAUUUUGCUCCUGCUGAAGCAGAAGAAGGAGAAGGUAGACAGACAAACYUACAGGAAGUGAAUCACAUUUAUUCAGCCGGACGAAGCAAACAAAAAUCUUAAAGCGUCAUUCAGAUUAACUUUAUUUUUUUCCUCCAUAUACAUCAGAUUUCUUGAAUAUAUUCAUCUUUAUAUAAUAUAAACUCUAGCAAAACAUUUACAGCUUGAACAGUAAUUAAAUAUACAUUUUGUUUUUUUAAUUCCUUGUAAACUUAAGAAACAUGUAACUGGUUCACAUAGAACAAAAAACAACAAUUUCACCAAAAGUACACGUUACACACCCUCUGGAGUAGAAGGCUAAACAUCACAGUACCCGUGUCAGAGGUACACAUUAAAUAUUUGGUCGACACAAUCUGUGUCCGGAACGUGUUUCUGUGAAUCAACAGAAAGAAAUUAAUUUUCAUGACUUUCUGUCCAAAGAAAGUUAAAGUUCGUCUGUCAGCUGUUUUUCCACUGGGACGUGACACAUCUGCUCGUAAUUUAAAAUAUUUACAACCCCACUUUUCAAAAGAAGUUAAAUAUGAACAAAAUGCAGUGAUUUGCAAAUCUCAUAAACCCAUAUUUUAUUCACCACGAAACACAGAAAACAAU